AUGAAGGCUCUCUCCUUCCUCUUCAUCCCAGUCCUGGGGCUGCUGGUGUGUGGCCAGUCGCUGUGCCCCAUAGAUAAAGCCAUCAGUGAGAAGAUCCAGCAUGUCACCAGCUCCUUAGUUCCUGAGGCAGUGAGGAACAUUGGCCUGGACUGCCAGAGUGUCACCUCCAGGGGGUCCCUGGUCACCUGCCCUUCAGGCUUCGCCGUCACUGGCUGCACGUGUGGCUCUGCCUGUGGCUCGUGGGACGUGCGUGCUGAGACCACGUGCCACUGCCAGUGCGCAGACAUGGACUGGACCGGAGCUCGCUGCUGUCGCCUGUGGAGCCGGUAA